GUAGUGAAAAUCAAGUGUCCAUUUCAGUUUUCUUAAUAUUAAAAUUUCAAUAUGUUGUGUGUCCCGACCUAAGGAUGGAUUUUUUUAUUCCGAGACCAGAACCGUAACAUUCAGAAAUGCUUACCGACGACGAUAACGAUGAAGAAACACCUGGGUCGAUCGGCGUUGGCCGUUACCCAUGCAUGCCAUCUCUGGUCGCUUUACAACAAAUGCGACACCGCCUCCACCUCGCUUACUUGGGCAAGAGACUUAUGAAAUGGACUGCCAUGGCUACAGGCAGGGAAUUGAGGAAGAUUGCCAUUUCAUUGAAUACGGUAUUCAGUGACUUUGGGAUCGAUGUGCGAACAGGUUACAUGUUGAUCGCUAGAUCUUACUAUUAUUGCCCCCACUUGAGGCAUAUGGUCAUCCAUAAUCUUGAAAGUACCGCAUUUGUUACUGUAGAAACUUACCCGAAAUCAAUUUCUGGUGUCAAAAUACUUGAAUAUGAUAUUAUAGAUACCGGUGAAGACCCUUACGUGCAUCUAGGAAUAGAAAAAGGAGGACGGAUUAUAAAAAUAACUAAGGCCCAUUGGCGCUUGCUCUUAAAACGAAUGAUUCUGAUUCUCCAGUUAAAAGCAGCCUUUGUUCAACUCGAACUCGCAAAUAAAGCAGCUACAAAGAAAAUGAACGUAUUAGGAAAAAUAGUUAUACCCAGGUUGUUGGCAUCGAUCGCAUAUAUCAUAAGCGAAAUCGAAGAAAAGGCGAGAGAAGAGUUCUUCAGGAUGAAGAAGAUUGUUCAAUUGAAUAAGAAACGUAGAGUUAAGGUAGGGGAAGUGGAGGAAGUAGAGGAAGUGGAGGAAGUAGAGGAAGUAGAGGAAGUAGAGGAACCUAAGGUUUGUGAGGAGGAAAGUAAAAUUGAGCUAACCGAUCAUACACCACCUUGCCUAAAUUGCAUUAUUUGCGGAGCACCAUCCAGAGAUGUUUCAUAUAUACCUGAAGCUCCAGAAGCAAUAGAUGAUAAUAUGAUAGCACAACUACAUGAAUUCAAGAAAAAAGUUGCAGAUAUUAUCGCAGCUACAAAUGACUUAAACGAACGACAUUUGCUAAGAGACACAAACAGCUUUGUGAAACAAGCGACAGAAUUACAAAGUCAGUUACAAGAAAGAGAUAAAUAUGAGGAAGAUUUGCGAGUUAAAUCGCUAAAAACUGAAAACAAACGGAGAACCGACGAUUUUAUGAAAUGCCCAGAUUUUAUUCCUGCUGAUAUUGAGUACGAUAGUUUAUGUCCUAUGUGUCAACUUACAUAUUUAAAUCAGUAUGGUUGCCCAGAAGAUAAACAGGAACUGGAACAGGAAACGAAGUCGUCUCUAAUAUCCCCUCCAUGCUCACUACAUGCGUCACCAUUACAGCAAGGUGCAGAAGAAGAAGAAGAAAAUGAUGAUGAUGAUGACAUGGAAGGAAUAUAUGAAACAGAAAUUGAAGUUAUAACAAGAGUUAUUAGAAAAGUACAUCCAGAUGGUUCAAUUACUGAAGAUAAGAAGGUGAUCAAAAUUAGACGAGAAACCAAGAUACCUUUGCCGCAUUCCAAUAAUUCUGACCAAAUGGGUCGUAAAGGAAGGCUUGCUUACCAAAACUCUAAUACGUCACAGAGGUCAGAACUGUACCACGAUAGUAAACAAGUAGAAUAUGUGGUACCAAAAGAAAUGACACCUUUUCGUAAAUUGUGUGCGCGUUCAGAAAUUCUGUCUUCUAGUUCCGCUAUGUGUUCUCCUGUAGCAAGAUAUUGUGUUUCUAUACCAAAUAUAAUAUGCAGCAGUGACUUUGAUAUUAACAAGGAUGCAGUUGAUGAAUUCAAAAUCCUGAGUAGAAAAAUUGAAUAUAUACUGGAUCAACACAAAAGUACGAGAAGAGUAAUUAUUAAAUCUACAACAGGAUACGAUAGCUCGUUGAAUGAAUCAGACACAAUGUUGUUGAGCUCGUUGAGCGAGGAUACUCAUUUUAAUUUCAAAAGUUCGUCGCAUUUCAGUUUAUACAAAGACGUAAUGGUGAUACCGGAUUUAAAAUGUAAAUCGUGUAUUGAUGUAAGCAAUAGCGGAAAAAGUAGUAAAUACGAGUAAGCAUAAAUCUCAAAUCUCAUAAUAUUAUAGUAUGUAUACUGAAUUAGAAGAUGUUGCAAGAAUAGAACGGUUUUGUAUAUAUAAAGAACCAAAGCUAUAUUCAAAGAAUCUUCGAAUUAAUUUAAACAUUUUUGUCGUUCAUAUAACACACACUACAA